UUCAAGGUUCACCAUAUCCGCCACACAAAUGGCUGUAGCGAGUAAAAUCCCAGAGGUGGUGCUGAGCUCCUCCUCCGACAGCAAGGGCAUGCCGGUGAUUGGCUUUGGCACCGCCGCAGAUUCCAUCGACGGCGCCACCCUCAAAUCGGCGGUCCUGGAGGCAAUCAAGCUGGGUUACAGGCACUUCGACACUGCCUCUGCAUAUGGGUCUGAGCAGGCUUUGGGAGAAGCUAUUGCCCAAGCACUCACACUCGGCCUUGUCAGCUCCCGGGAGGAGCUUUUCAUUACUUCCAAGCUCUGGCCUAGUGAGGCUCAUCCUGAUCUUGUUCUUCCAGCUCUACAGAAAUCAGUUCAGAAUCUUCAGUUGGAAUACAUAGACCUGUAUUUGAUCCACUGGCCCAUCACUGUGAAGCCUGGAAAGGGGGGAUGGCCUUUUGCUGAAGAGGACAUGAUGCCCAUGGAUUUCAAGUCUGUGUGGGCAGCCAUGGAGGAGUGCCAGAGACUUGGCCUUGCGAAGUUCAUUGGAGUCAGCAACUUCUCUUGCAAGAAGCUUCAAAACCUGCUCUCCUCCUCCACUAUUCCUCCUGCAGUGAAUCAAGUGGAGAUGAGCCCUGUUUGGCAACAGAAGAAACUAAUAGAUUUUUGCAAGGCAAAUGGAAUUGUUGUCACUGCUUUCUCUCCAUUGGGAGCAAAAGGGACUAGUUGGGGCACCAACCAUGUUAUGGAGAAUGAAGUUCUCAUGGAGAUUGCAAAAGCAAGGGGGAAGACUGUUGCUCAGGUUUGUCUUAGAUGGAUAUAUGAGCAAGGGGUGACUCUUGUGAUGAAGAGCUACAACAAGGAGAGGUUGAAGGAGAAUCUGCAGAUCUUUGACUGGGAACUAUCAGAGGAUGACAGUAAGAAGAUCAGUGAAAUCAAGCAGCACCGGAUGAUGCUCAAGGAGGAACUUAUUUCAGCUCGUGGACCCUACAAGUCCAUUGAAGAGCUUUGGGAUGGAGAGCUCUGAACUUUAACCUUUAAGAGAGUUUACUGCUUGCAUGUAAAAUGGGUUGAUUUUUAUUUUUACAAGUUUUUAUUGAUCCAAAGGUUGAUUUUCACUGCCACAUUAUUGUAAUUAUAUGACAGUUGUAUGAGAGUGUACUAAAUAGCAUUAUUCUUAUAAAAUAUUUGUGAGAUAAAAAUACAGGACGUAGAAUUUCUCUUUUGGAAUA